UGUGUGUGUGUGUGCGCGCGCAAAUGCAUAUUAAUAGGUCAGUUCCAUUUGCUUAUAUAAUUUUAUAUUGCCUUAUUUUAUGUUGUGUUAACUAAAUUAUAUAAUAAACCUGACUGAUCUGAAAAGGGGGCCUUGGUCAGUUUCCAAUGUGUACAUCGAGGUCAGUGGAAUGAACAGCUCACCGUAGGUCCUGGAUCCCGGUGCACUUGGCACAGAAUCGAACCACACAGGCUCACUGCAAAACAGACCAGCAACGCAUACAGCUGGUGUGAGAAUUCUGAGCCUCCUAAGGAGACAUCUAUAGCAUCUGGCACAAUUUGGACUCGUUGCAGGCUCUGAAAAGCCCUUUCUCUAGCUCUCUGGAAACUGGGAUGAGUUUAGUCUUGGAUUUUAUUUUGAGGAAGAUCUGACUGGAGCCACUAGAGGUUCCUGGAAGCCAGAGGAUGUGGCAGGAGUCCUGCUGUGAACUCUCAGGUCCUGGCUUCAUUCCCGCUUAUCUGUGUGACUUUGAGAAGCCGCCUAGCCCAUCUGAGGCUCAGUUUCUGCAUCUGAAAAAUAUCUAUAAAGCAAACCUUCCAAGCCUGAAGUGUUGGUCUGAAAUCACUAAAUUCGAAGUAGGACAGAGUUUUCUUAAAGGUCCUGGCAUUGGCGAACCGCAUGCAUUUUGUGGUGUGAAGUGUUCGUCACAAGUGCCCAGCUUCAUGGUGUUGUGACGAAGGUGCAGCAGUUUGACACGUACGUUUGACCUGCGCCAUGGCCGGCGUGAACGCGGUGUCCGAGCUCCGUCCCUUUCCUCGUCCCUUUUUGCCUUUUUCUGGCUCUCUUUCUUACCUGUCUCAUAUCUAUCACGACUAUUUUUUACAAGAUCCACAGAUGCCAACCCUAGCUUUUACGUUUUUUCCCCAAUUUUUUGUUUUUGUUAGUGAGCAUGGAGCUGGGGACCAAAGGGCAUCUUUCCUGGCAUAUCCUUAUUUCCACAACCCCGUGAUACCCCAUCUUAGACAAUCAGGGAAAAUGCAAUGGAUUUAUAGAAGAGACAUUAAGGGGGUCACCUCCCAUAGUAAAUGCUCCCCUGCAGGGCCACCAGGCUGACCACACCAAGGUGCUCACUGAAGCAGACUCUUUCUCUGGGCCACCACCUCUAGAACCUUCCCUACAAAGACGUUCAUUUUACCUGGGGCCAAAAGGAAGAGAACAGCAAAGAGAAAGAGGAAUGUCCUCAUGUCUCGAAGGGUCUUGAGAGAUCAGCACAGCGUCCCUGAUAAAAGAGCAGCAAACACCCACAUUUAUACAUUUCUCUAGACCAGAGAACAUCUUGAUCAGCGAGGCAUGCCAGAAAUGAGGACGUUUCCAUGCUUUGCCAAGCCGAGCCCACAUCUCAGUGGGUGUCACUCAGUCCGCAGCUCACUGCUUUUCUGAUACUGGAAAGUUCCUAAGAAGGACAAUGGGGAAGAAGGGAAGACAGAGUAGAGGGUGCCUUGAUGAUCAGGGGCAGAUAUAUGCACCAGUAGGAAGAAAGAUCUGGAAUCUGGCAGUUUGGAUUUCUAAUCCUGACUAUGCUCCUUAAUAGCUUUGGUUUACUCAUAUGUAAAAUCAGAGUAAUUACAUAAUAUCAUGAUGGAGUCAGUGGGGUCUGAAUUCCAGCUCCAAUAUUUGUGAGCUGUGUACAUUCAGCAAGUGCUUUACUGAAACAUAUGUUUUAUUGUUUAUUUUUUAAAAAGUGCUGAUACUUUAAAUACUAUAUACAUCAUCUUAUUUAAUCUGCAAACAGCUCCCUGGAUAGUUAUGAGCAUAUGGGAUAUUUGAUAUUUGAUUAAGACUAUAGAUACAUCAAAUAUCCAUACACUCUGACCACAGGCUGCCACUAAUUUGAUUACCUCUUUUUCCUAAUCUGAAGUAAAUCAGCUAAGUGGAUGGAGAGAAAGGCCUGAAUUACCCACUCUAAUUCUUCCCUGUUGGGAAAUACCUCUCUUUAAUGUGACAUUAGGGAGAUGAGCCUCCCUCAUCAUCAUUCUCCCUAUUAUUAUUGCUACUGAAAAUUGAAAUAUCUUAAAAUAUUAUUAGAAUAAUCACAAACUCCUGAAAAGCAACCAAAUGCUUGCUGUGUAACUGAAAACAUGGUUUGUGAAUGUGACCUGGAUAAGACCAUCAAUUUACUUCCUCCUGCCAUAGUAAUGUCAAUAAAUGAUUGAACACACAAAUAACUGUGAUAAAAGGGACACAUUUUUAACAGAAGAAUUGCAGAUGGUCCCAGUAGACACCUCCCUCCAGGAGGUGAGGCUUGAGUCCUCCAACUUGAAUGAAGGCGAUUAAUUCCAAAGAAUGUGGGGAGGCAAGAGCGUCCCUUUAGCGCGGACAAAGCUGGCAUCUUAAAUGAGUGGCCAGGUUUAACAUCAGGGGUGGCCAGGCAUGUCCCCAGCACAUUCCCCUGACACGAGGGACAAGGUGAGGAGCCUCAACCCUGUGUUAUUCUUCUCCCAGACCCCAAACCCCAGUCUGGUUGAGAAAACCUCAGACAAACUUGAAAUCUGUAGGUUAGUCAGUAGGAAUAUGACAUACCAAUGAUAAUUUCUUGGUUUUGACAAACGCAUCGUGGUCAUACUAUUAAUAAUUAUUAGCAUGAAUGUUAACAUCAGCGGCAGCUGGGGGAGGGGUAUGUGAGAACUCUCCACUGUGCACAUUUUCUAAAUUAUUCUAAAUUAAACAAUUUGCUUAAAAUAACUAUGCGGGAAUGUUCCAUGUAUCCUUAGCCUCAGUCACCAUGAGAUUUUUGUGAGGUGUGUGCAUGUAUGGGUACGUGUGUGUGUGUGUGUGUUGAUUAUAUAUUAUAUGAAAAAUCCAGUGAAGAAUGAUAGGUUGAGAGUCACCUGGGUGGCUCAUCAGUUAAGUGUCAGACUUCGGCUCAGGUCAUGAUCUCAUAGUUUGUGGAUUCAAGCCCUGCGUCAGGCUCUGUGCUGACAGCUCAGAGCUUGGAGUCUGCUUUGGAUUCUGUGUCUCCCUCUCUCUCUGCCCCUCCCCUCUCAUACUCUGUCUCUCUCUUGCUCUGAAAAAUAAAUAAAACAUUAAAAAAAAAAAGAAUGAUAGGCUGAAUAUACAAAUUUUUUCUAUUCCCUUCCAAUCCUCACUUAAAAAAAUUUAGGAGAGCCUGAGUGGCUCAGUUGGUUAAGUGUCAGACUCUUGAUUUCUCCUCAGGUCAUGAUCUCAUGGUUUGUGAGAUCGAGCCCUGCAUCAGGCUCUGGGCUGGCAGCACGGAUCCUGCUUGGGAUUCUUUGUCUUCCUCUCAGCAUAUGGUGUCUCCGUCUCUUUGAGCUGCUAUAACCAAACACCCCAGACUCAGUAGCUUAUAAACAACAUUUAUCACAGUUCUGGAAGCUGCAAUACAAGACCGGGCACCAGCAUGGCCGGGUGCUGGUGAGGACCCUCUUCUGGGUUGCAGAUGGCUAACUUCUCACUGUGUCCUCCUUUGGGGGAUGGGGACAGGGAGCUCUCAGGGGCCCCUUUUAUAAAGGUGUUAAUUCCAUUCAUGAGGGCUCCGUUCUCAUGACCUAAUCACAUCCCAAAGGCUCAUCUCCAAACAUCAUCACCGUGAGGAUUAGGUUUCAACAUGAAUGUUGGGGGGGCACAGACAUUCAGAGCAUGGCAUAUGUGAUUUUGUCUGAGCACUCACAAAUAGCCAACUAACUCUCCCAAGGGACGUGCAACGUUGUAAGAGCUAAGAUGUGUCCUACUCACACCUCACUGUGAGGAGGGCAGAUAACUUUGAGUGGGUGAAUUCCAAGGAUGUGGUGAGUCCCAGGGUUUGAGGGCUGCUCAGGGAAGAGGUAGAAUCAUGAGAGGUGUUAAUCAGGUGGUACGUGGACAGGGUUGCAUGAGGGGAUGGGCCUCCCAGAGAAGGUAGCAUGAGGCGCCCACCCCAAAGGGCCAUGGAACUCCCAGGGGAGAGGGGUGCCAGAAAGGGGCUCAUGAGUCUAGAUGAUACCUCUCACCAGCAAGGUGAGAAGUCUUGGGGUCAAAGCCCUAGAAGGCUGUCAGCAAUUUGGAGUCUUACAGCUCUGGGAUUUGUCUUAUCUAUGUUAGCAGAUGUUGGGGGCACUUUUGUGGGGGUGUGCAAAGCAGGUAGGCUCUAAAUGGCUAAACAAAUGAUGAUUUGUACCAUAUGCAAAGCAAUUGGAUAUGGAAGGAUUUGAGUUUGGAGCAGGAGGCUUUGAGCUACAGAAGUGAGCAUGGUAGGGACCACUCUAUAGGGGCAUCUCUGGCCUCAUGAUGGAGCAAGGAGGCCAUGCAAUCCCCAUGACAAGGACUAGCCCUUUAAUUUGAAAGUUUCUAGAGUCAUCUUGUUUUCCUAAGACUAGAAGUUCACUGCAGGUCAAGAUCAGCUACAUAACGUGCAAGGGCCCAUGUUCAAGAAGUAGGAAAAAGGCGCCAUUAAAGGUAUCUAGUUCUCUCGAUCUGUUAUAGUAAUGCUUCUUUGCUAUUUAAUGUCACAAUCUCCCAGGCACAAAGAUACUUGAAGGACACUUGCAGAUGCUCACACUGCCUGGGGAUGCCCACAUUGCCACUGCGCAUACGUGUGUGGUCCACAAUCAGCCACUGCUGGACCGGCGUGUCUUGCUCCAGAGAGAGUCAAGCCAGGUGUUUCCCCCAUGAGCCUGCCACUGCCAUCCAUGGUGGCCGGGCAACUCUCAAGGAUAUGUCAAUAUCUUCUGCAAGCAAUCCUUAUUGAAUUGGAGGCUGGAGAGAGGUCUGCUCCUGCCAGGUUGCCCACCUACACCACGACACGGUCAUGGCACGGGAGGGUUUGAUGGCAUGCUGGGCCCUAAGACACUGCCAUCCCAUCUCUAGAUACAUCUCCACUCAGUACGAGCUGGGGGUCGGUGGUGGCAGUGUUUCUGGGAGGGAUAUGAAAGGAGGAGGUUGGGUGGGGCCCCCAGGGCCGGGGGCCAGGAACCCCCAAGAAGGGAGGGGAAGGAAGGCAGAUCAUAUGGGGACUGAGGCUCUAAGUUCCCAGACUUGCUCCUAUUCCGACCAGAUUUGAUUUACAGAGCACAUAUUCAAAGAUAAAAUUAUUAAGAAUUGUAAUACAGUGAGUGCUGAGCAUUAAACCCCAAGGUGAGAACAGGGGUGUGCAGCUGCCCUCCUCACACUUGGCCUGGCUCCAGGUUAUUAAAAAUGCCUGGAAGCUGAAGGCUGAGGCUGUUAGCCUCAGCUCUCAUCCCCUAGUACCUACGUAUUGCCUUAUGUUCAUGAAGCUGCCUUGUUUGAAGGCCACAGAAACAAACGUGCAGAUAUCAGCAUGGCUGCACUUUCCAGGCCAGAAAAAGUUCACUGUGAGUUGGUGUAGUUGAAAAAGAAUUUACAUAAAAGUUGGACACAAAGCAGGAUAGACAGACAUGUGAAUGUAAGGCUGGUAAUAAUAGCCAGACACUCUGAUAGCCACUUAAUACUCAUUUCAGUGAGUCCUUUUAAAUAUCCUAUGAAGUAGGUACCUUUAUUCCAUCCCCAUUGUAAGAUGAGACAAGUUCAACAAAGUAAGCCACCUGCCCAAGGUCAUACAUCUGCUAACCCGCUCUGUCUGACCUCAGCCUGCCUCGUUCAGUUAUCCUAUUUUGCAUUCCCAAGAUGAAGAACAGAGCCUUGCAGAAACAUGGACAACAGGAUGGGACUUAUUUGGGGGUGCAGGGAUAUAAGUAGUAAUUUUGAUACCUGUGUUCUUGAUGAAUGAAAAGGAUGUGGAAAUUCUGCCUUUGGGCUGCUAGUUGACAUUGUCACAGGCUCGGGGAUUCAGAGCUAAGUUGGUAAAAUGACUACCACCCCCCCCUUUUCUCCCAGACCACCAUAAAAUUGAGAUUAACCACCCCCCUUUCUUGUGUGAAGGUAGUACAAAUGAAAACCAGGGCAGUAACAGUGCACAUUGCUUGGGCUUUUCUUACAGGGCACCAGGCUUCUUUCCAAGCACUUCCCUAUGUUCCAAGCACAUCCAUAUCCUCAUCCCUACAGCUUGACAACAACCCUAAGAGACUGGCAGAGGAGCUAUGGGCUUCAAAGAACCAAGUGGAUAGGCACAGCCAUCCCCAUCCCCCCAGCAAGCUUCAGCACAAAGCAAGCAGCAAUUAGCAUGAACACAAACAGUUCUUGGGUUGGUGCUCAGAAGUUAGGUGGGCAACCUGAGAAGAUCCAGCCUCAAGAUGAUGGAACGCAGCUCAGGAAAGGACCAGCUCUGGGCAUGUUGCAUCUGUCAAUCACUAUGGGUGCUCCUUAGUCAAUGGAAGAGACAAUGGAGCUGGGAGAGAGAAGGGGGGCUAGCAGGCUCCUACAUCCUGCAUCAGUAGGAUCAGUGCGUGGCUCCUGGUUUUCCAGCUCCUGGCCUCGUGUUCCUUCCACUGCCCCAGCCAGAAUUCCCAGAAUACAGGUCCUCCCAUCAUGUCAGUCCUUGAUCCUAGGAAAUGGAGCAUGUCAAUGUGCUUUCUUUAUUGAUUCACUUCAUUGACCAAGUGUAUUCCCCAUUACUUUCAAAUAUAAGUGAGCCUCCUGUCCUCUUGCAGAGGUCCCAGACCUCUGCUCCGAAGAGUCUUCCCCAGAAAUGACCCUGACCGGGAAGAUGUCUUAUGUUGUCUUUGCCUUUUUCUUCAUUUUCGCCCAGUUUCCAUCAGGGUGCCAGGCAGGACUCGAGUAUUCCAAGCCACUUCCAGGAGGUGACUUUGCUGCUUGUGAGCCGUGCAGGCUCGGCCGGGGCAAGUGCAGGAAGAUGUGUGCUGAGGAUGAGAAGCCUGUUGGACAUUGCAAGCUGAACUUUUUCUGUUGCCGACGGAAGGUCAGCUGA